CAGCUAUUUAACAACUCCCUCGCUCUCUCAAUCGGUGUUGUUUUGGACGAACGCGAGCUGACAGAGGGGAGAGAGAGAGAGAGAGAGAGAGAGAGAGAGAGUCAGAGAGAUGCGGCGUUGCAGUUGCUGGCAGCUAUUGUGGCUGGUGCUUGUGUGCUCAUGGCGGAUCGCUGCAGCUCAGGCUCAGGCGGCACCAAGAACCGAUCCAACCGAAGCGGCAGCUCUGAACACAAUCCUGGGAAGAUGGGGCAAGAAAGCAUCAUCAGAGUGGAACAUCAGUGGCGAGCUUUGUAGUGGCCUGGCUUCCGACAAGACCAACUGGGAUGACUACCCCAACAUCAACCCAUUUAUCAAGUGUGACUGCUCCUACAAUAACAACUCUGUCUGUCACAUUAUCAAAUUGAGGGUAUAUAAGUUAAAUGUUGUUGGUCAAUUACCUUCAGAGCUUCAGAAUUUCACCUAUAUGGAGGACCUGAACCUGGCUUAUAAUUACUUGAGUGGUGUGGUGCCAUCCUUCAUUGGAAAGUUUACUUCCAUGGAAUAUUUGAACUUGGCUUUCAAUCCAUUAUCCGGGCAACUUCCGAAGGAAAUUGGGAAUCUCACAAAUCUUCUCAUGUUGGGAGUUAGCUUUAACAAUUUUACGGGUGAACUUCCUGAAGAACUGGGAAAUUUGGUGAAACUUGAGCAGUUGUACAUUGAUAGUUCUGGAUUCAGCGGUCCAUUCCCUUUGACGUUUUCAAAGCUUCAGAGGCUGAAGAUCUUGAGGGCACAAGAUAAUGAUUUCACAGGCAAAAUACCUGAUAAUUUUGGCAGCAUGAGUAGUUUGGAAGAUAUGGCUUUCCAAGGAAAUUCAUUUGAAGGACCAAUCCCAGCAAGUUUGUCAAAAUUAACCAAAUUAACAAACUUGCGAAUUGGUGAUAUCGUAAAUGGGAGCUCUUCACUGGCUUUUAUAAGCAAUCUCACCUCUUUGAGCAACAUGAUAUUAAGGAACUGUAGAAUAUCUGGUAAUCUUGGACUAGUAGAUUUCUCGAAGUUUGCAAAUCUAACAUAUCUGGACUUGAGUUUUAACAAUUUCACUGGCCAAAUUCCUCAAUCCAUCCUGAAUCUGGGAAGUCUUGAAUUCCUUUUUCUUGGGAACAACAGCCUUACAGGAAGUUUACCAGAUCCAAUAAGCUCUUCGUUAAAAACGUUAGAUUUUUCCUACAACCAGCUCAGUGGAAGAUUUCCUUCUUGGGUCAACCAGAACAAUUUGCAAUUGAAUUUGGUGGCAAACAACUUUGUUCUUGUGGGCACUAACAGCAGUAUUCUACCUUCAGGUCUAGGCUGCCUCCAACAAGACACUCCUUGUUUCCGAGGAUCUCCAGAAUAUUACUCCUUCGCAGUUGACUGCGGCAGUAAUAGUUCUACGAGUGCCUCAGAUAAUACUAUUUUUGAAGCAGAUCCCACGAGCCUUGGCACUGCAGCAUAUUAUGUCACCAGUCAGACAAGAUGGGGUGUCAGUAGUGUUGGGAACUUCUUCCAGGGCACAAAUGGAAUGGAUAGAAUAUAUAGCUCCUCCAAGCAUUUUCAGAAUACUGUUGAUUCAAAACUGUUUGAGACUGCUAGGAUGUCACCUUCAUCACUGAGGUACUAUGGUCUUGGACUUGAGAACGGAAACUACACAGUUCUGCUUCAAUUUGCAGAGUUCUCUUUUACGGAAACACCGACUUGGCAAAGCUUAGGAAGGAGAGUUUUUGACAUAUAUGUUCAGGGUGCACUGAAAGAAAAGAAUUUCGAUAUAAGGAAGACAGCAGGUGGAAAAUCUUUUACUGCAGUUAACAGGAGCUACACAGCAACUGUGUCGAAAAACUUCAUUGAGAUCCAUCUCUUUUGGGCUGGCAAAGGCACUUGUUGUGUACCUACUCAAGGUCACUACGGACCGACGAUCUCAGCAUUAAGCAUCACUCCAAAUUUUACUCCCACUGUACGGAAUGGGGUACCAAAAAAGAGAAGUAAAGCAGGUGCAAUUGUUGGAAUAGUGAUUGGUGCAUCAGUUUUAGGAUUGGCAGCCUUAUUUGGAAUAUUUUUCUUAGUAAAGAAGCGAAGAACAAUGGCACAACAAAGAAAAGAACUGUAUGACCUGGUUGGACGGCCUGAUGUCUUUAGUAGCGCCGAACUCAAGCUAGCUACAAAUAAUUUCAGUUCACAAAACAUUCUUGGAGAAGGCGGAUAUGGGCCAGUGUAUAAGGGUAAGCUACCUGAUGGAAAAGUUGUUGCUGUCAAACAACUUUCAGAAUCAUCUCAUCAAGGGAAAAGCCAGUUUGUGACAGAGGUUGCUACAAUUUCUGCUGUGCAACAUCGUAAUCUUGUGAAAUUGCACGGCUGCUGCAUUGAUAGUAAAUCACCCUUGCUGGUUUAUGAGUACCUUGAAAAUGGAAGCCUAGAUCAAGCACUUUUCAGAGACACAGGCUUAAAACUAGACUGGACAAAACGCUUUGAGAUAAUUUUAGGCAUUGCAAGAGGCCUAACUUAUCUUCACGAGGAGUCGAGUGUGCGCAUUGUGCAUAGGGACAUCAAAGCCAGCAAUGUACUACUCGACACUGAUCUCACCCCAAAGAUAUCGGACUUUGGACUCGCCAAGCUAUAUGAUGAGAAGAAGACUCAUAUCAGCACAGCGAUUGCCGGCACAUUUGGCUAUCUGGCACCCGAGUAUGCAAUGAGAGGUCGUUUGACUGAAAAGGCUGAUGUUUUUGCAUUCGGGGUGGUCGCGCUCGAGACUGUUGCUGGUCGGUCAAACAUCGACAACUCCCUUGAGGAAAGCAAGGUUAAUCUCUUUGGAUGGGCAUGGAGCCUGUAUGAAAAGGAGCAAGCUCUAGAAAUCGUUGACCCAAGAAUCAAAGAGUUCAGCAGGGAUGAAGCCUUGAGAGUCAUCCAUGUUGCACUCAUGUGCACCCAGGGCUCACCGCACCAGCGACCCCCGAUGUCAAAGGUCGUGGCCAUGCUCACCGGAGACGUUGAGGUGGCUGAGGUGAUCAUGAAGCCGAGCUACAUCACGGAGUGGCUGCACAGGGAAGGGGACAGCAGCUACUUCACAAACUACGCAGGAUCUGCCACCCCCGAGUUCAGUGGGCACAAAGAGAGUGAACUUUCGUUUAUCAGUUAGUAACUUGUAUAUUCAAAGUUAAUAAUAGAAUUACUUAUUAUUCUGAAAUUGUAUCAUCGAAAUAAAAAUAACAACUCCUGCCGUGGUAUCGGGGGGUUCCAAUGUUUGAAAAGUUUAGUUUGGGAGCAUUCGCAGGUGUUUGUGUGAAGAGGACUUUUACGGUACAUUCUACUGCUAGAAUAUACUAGUAGCAUAUUUGAUCCAACGGUGUAUAUUCAUCUGAUUUUCCUCCUAA